AUGAGACUAUAAAUGGCAAUGAAAGUAAAUAGUAGAUUGAGCAACAAUGGAGGUGGACUUUUGAUUUAGCAAUAACAGCAGUAGCUCUCUAAUUUCAAUCAAAAUCAGCAAUAAACCAAUCAGCAAAAUUAAGUGAGCACACCUUCUAAUAAUUCAGGACUUUUUCUGCCUCCUAUGAUUAAUACCGGAUAAACCACUCUCACUCCUCUUUCGCAGACUCAAGAGCAUAUGGGAGUUUCAGGUCAAAACAAAAUUGGCAAACCGCUGAAGACAGGUGGAAGUCGAAAUACACCGUUAAAUGGAUAGAGUCAACAAUCAAACGGACAAGGAGGGCCAGCAACAUAGUCAGCUGCGAACCAAAACAGACUUCAAACAGGUGAUGGAAGCUAGAAUAUCAAUAAAUAUUAAGCUCCUGCAGGAGGAUAAAAUUUCUUAUAUAACACAAAUAAAGAUAUCAAUAGUAUAAACUAGUAAACAGCACAGCAUGGCUAGGCGAAUGUGCAAAACAGUGAAGGUAAAGCUAAUGGUGCCUUCCAGUAAAAAGAUAUGAAAUAGAAUAUCCCUAUCCAAUAAAAUGGGCUAAGGCCAGUCUCAAACAACAAAAUUAAAAGUUUCUCAAGCAAAGUAUCCGUAAAUCAUAGUCCGACAACAUCAAUCUUUAAUAGCAAUUUAAUUGGAUCCCCGAAUCACGCCUAAGGACAAAUACUAUCAUAGACACCAGUUAUCAUCAAUUCUCCUUUAAACUCUCUAAGUCCUUAACCACAAAAUAUUAUGGAUAUAAAUACUUUGCUAUUUGGGAAUGCCCCACCACCAGAUCCUUACACUGUAUAAUUGCCUAACUUUGAGCCAACAAAAUGCUCAGUUCGAAAGAAUGGCGUUAUUAGUGGAUAUUCAGCAAAUACCAACUAAGGCAUCAUUAGAGACUAUAAUGAGGAUCGAGUUUCUAUCAUUUUAAAUAUAAUGAAGCCACCAAGUAAAAAAUGUGAUAAUUGGCCCAAGUGUGCAUUCUUUGGCAUAUUCGAUGGCCAUGGAGGUUACUCAUGUGCAGAUUUCCUGAGGGAUAAUUUGCAUUAAUUUAUCAUAAGAGAUCAUGAAUUCCCAGACAAUCCUCGAUAGGCUAUAAUUAAUGGCUUUAGGAAUGCAGAAACCUAUUUCAUAGAUGCUGUUGAAAAAUACUCAAAUGGAAACAUUAACCUCUUAGAUAAAAGUGGCUCAUGUGCUAUUACAAGCUUAUUUGUUGAUGAUAUAUGUUAUAUUGCAAACGUUGGAGAUAGCAGAGCUUUAAUGUCAUUAGAUGGUGGUAAUUUCAUCGGCUUAUUAUCUAAUGACCAUAAACCAAAUGAUGAUGCAGAAUAGAAAAGAAUCACUGAGGCUGGUGGAAAGAUUUAUCAAACUUAAACUAUUGCAAGAUUACCAGGAAAUGGAAUGAUAUCACCAUCUGGAUUUUAAAACAAAUCUAUGGCAGGACAGGACUAAGUUAUUUUGGGACCUUUCAGAGUUCUACCAGGAAGACUCUCAGUUUCUAGAACUUUUGGAGAUAUAGAGGCGAAAAAACCGAAAUAUGGAGGUAAUCCGAAAGUAAUCGUAGCUGACCCUGAAAUAAGAGCGUUCAAGGUUUAAUCUAAUUAUGAUUACAUUCUCUUAGCAUGUGAUGGAGUGUUUGAUAAGUUAGAUAAUAGAUAAGUCAUUGAUGCAGCCUGGGAUGCAGCAAGGAAAAACUUCAAGCAAUCAACUCAAUCAAUUCAUUCUAUUUGUGGAUAGAGUGUAGAAUUGGUGUUGAAAGCAGCUGUUGCUAGUAGAACCUUAGAUAAUAUAACAGCUGUAAUAGUCUCAUUCAAAAAUUUCAGGAAAACACUUAAGAAUGACCUGAUUAACUAGGGUCAAAAUAAAAUAUAACUUAGCGAGGAAAGAUUCAGACCGUAAUCAUUGAACUAACAUCUUUUCUUGCCAAAUAUAGAUAUUACCUCAGAGGAAAUUGAAAGGCCUCAAAACUUUGCGAAAUCCCAUGUAACUCUAGAAAAUUCUCCAUCAUAAAAUCAAGUGUCUGCAAAUAAAAAUAUAUAAAACAUGAUAAAUGGAGGUAACUUUAAUAUGUCUGGGAGAUUAAAUUCUGGUUAAAAAAGUACAACUAAUCAAGAUUAGUCAGCGAAGAAGGUUGAAUAAAAGAUGAAUUAUUAUAGCAAUUAAAACAGUCUAGCCAGUAAAGCUAGCACUAUCCAGUAGUAGUCAAUUGAGGAAGCAAGAAAUUCUGACUCAGAAGAAGAUAAUGAAUAAUCUCAAGCAAAGUCAGGAACUCAUUCAGCUAAGUAGUCGAAUUUAAGUGAAAACUUUGAGUAAAACCGAAAAACAAUUUCAUAGCAUAAUAAUCAUGUGAAUCUAAAUGGACAAAGUCUAUCUAGGUCAAAGCCUAAGAAGAUAUUUAGAGGUAGUUCCUAGGAGGGAAACGGGUUCAUAAAAAAAUAUACUCCUACUGCUGAUAGUGAAAACCGAAUGAGAAGCAUAUUAAGUAAUCCAUCAUCCCCAAACAACCCACAGAGUAGUCUACAGCCCUUAAGAAUUGCAAGUGACAGAUAUGAAUACAAUCAAAAUAUAAUGAGCGGGUAGACUGAGCUUUAUGGAGGAAGUGUUACGCCAUAAGAGGGAUUUUAGGGUGCAUUUAGUCCAAUAAAUAAUGGAGGCAUUUAGCUGUAAAAUCCACCAUCAGCAUCAAAGUAAAGCUCUAAAUGGGGAAGUAUUGGUAAUUCUGUAGUUCAAAAUAAAUUCAAAAAUAAGCCAGCACUUGUUGGAUCAGAUAUUUAGAGCAUAUCAAUGCAUUCUACUCCACGAAUUAACAAUGGCUUAAAUUUAGUGGGUACAAAGCCAAAACUGAACCUGAAUUAACUACCUAGCACUCAACUAUCAUCUCCUACGAAUAUUAUGACACCUCCAAACGAGUAAUUGCAAAGCCAAAGUCAGCGUAGGAAAAAGCAAAAGAGCAUUUUAAAUGGCGGCUCUUAAUAACUUGAGGAACAGCAAUUCGAAUAGUAGAAUCUUUAACAGUAGAGAUAUGCAAAUAUUCUGAGUAAAAACAGGGCUCGAAGAAUGAAUAAAUUUUCAAGUACCGCAACUGGUGAUGGGGAAGUUAUUAAUGAUGAACAUGCUACUAAUAACAAUACCAAAUAAGUAAUGUGA